AGUGUAAUAAAGCAUAGAAAACAAACAAACAAAACAAGUGGAAGCUUUUAAAACGAGAGAGAGAAAGAAAUGGCGACGUCGGGAACAUACGUAACAGAGGUUCCUUUGAAAGGAUCUGCGGAGAAACAUUACAAGAGCUGGAAGAGCGAGAACCAUCUUUUCCCUGACGCCAUCGGCCAACACAUCCAACAUGUCGUUGUUCACGAAGGCGCACAUGACUCUCACGGGUCUAUCAGGAGUUGGAACUACACAUUUGAUGGAAAGCCGGCGACGUUCAAAGAGAGGAGGGAGAUAGAUGAUGCGAACAAAACAUUGACGAAAAGAGGACUGGAUGGUCACCCGAUGGAGCAUCUCAAAGUGUUUGAUGUCAUCUACCAGUUUAUUCCCAAAUCCGAGGAUAGCUGCGUCUGCAAACUCACUAUGAUUUGGGAGAAGCGCAACGACGACUUCCCCGAACCAAGUGGCCUCAUGAAGUUCGUCAAGAACAUGGUUGUUGACAUUGAAGGCCACGUCACUAAAGCUUAAUCAUUAUCAUGAUCAUUACCGUCAUCAUCACCAGUCCAUCUUCAGUAUCUCGAUGUAUCAUCAAUUAAGGUGUUUUUACAUAUAAUAAAGGAGCUCUUGUGUGGAGUUUUAAAUUUGGUAUUGGAAGAUGCUUUUUAUAUGUUCAUAUUCAUAUAUCGGGUUCUGUUAUAUACAUGAUUCGGUGUUUAUGCCAUUUACAAUGUUCAUAUCUGUAUAUAGAUUUUUAUAAAA